AUGGAACUAAAAAAAGGCGCGAAAGAAGUUGAGACUCCCUAUGUAAUGAGCUAUGAGAAAAAUCAGAGGCCUAAUUACAUAACCAACUAUGGAGCCAAGGAAGCACAUGAGUCAAGAGAAGUCGAAGCGCCUUACAUACUUGGAUACAUUUCUGCACGAGACACAAAGGAGCCAAAAGAAGUUGAAGUACCUUACAUAACUGGGUACAUUUCUGCACAAGGCAAAAAAGAGCCGAAAGAAGUCGAAGCGCCAUACAUAACCGCGUACAUUUCUACACAAAGCGCAAAAGAAAAGGUUGGGACCAAGUGUAAACAUCAUAAGCGUGUGAAUCCACCUUCAUUCGACACCAAACACUCACAAGAGUCAACAUCAAAGGGCCACGAACACCAUCAUAUGCAUACACAUUCAUCGUCUCCAAUGGAUCACAAUGAGGCAUCCAGGCAAGGAUUUUUCACAUUUGAUGAUUUACACAAAGGUAUGAUAAUGCCACUCAACUUUCCCAACCAAGAACAUUCUCCUUUCUUACCUAAAGAUGUGGCAGAUUCCAUUCCUUUCUCGACACCACAACUCCCACAGCUUCUUCAACUCUUCUCAAUCCCACAAGGUUCUCGAGACGCAAACAACAUGGCAUAUGCACUCGAACAAUGUGAGAUGAAACCCAUCAAUGGGGAGACCAAGUUCUGUGCCACUUCUGUUGAGUCAAUGACAGAUUUUGUUACCAAGAUCAUUGGUGCUGGAGUUCGCUUCAACAUUCUCUCAACCACACACCCCAUAACAUCAACUUCCAUCACACAAAACUAUAUUUUGGAAGAGCCUAAAGAAGUUUUGGCUUCGAAAAUGGUUUUUUGCCAUCCGUUGGCUUAUCCUUAUGCAGUUUUCUUUUGCCAUCAUUUUGAGAAAGACACCAAGGUGAGAACGGGGAUAAGGUGGAAGCUAUGGCUGUAUGCCACAUGGACACUUCUGAUUGGGUCCCUAACCAUAAUGUAUUUGGCCUGCCGUGAAUCAAAGCCGGUGCCUCUUCUCCAGUGUGCCAUUUCUUCCCUAAAAAUCAUCUUGUUUGGAUCCCAUCACCAACAACAGAGACUAUCUGAGUAA